UUGCAUCCUGCAUCCCUAGAACUGGCUCAGUUUCGUCUUUCUGUGUGUAAUUUAUGGAACGCCCAAGGAAACAGAGGAUGACUUAAUGGUAGGAGCGGUGGGAAUGCUCAUCGCUCGGCAGGUGCUAGAGCUGCCUGGCUCUUGCCUGCCUGGCUGCGGGGCAUUAGGACCCGGAGGUUGCUGAGCGGAGGAGGCUGAGUCCCCCUCCCGCUGUCAUCCUGCUGCCUCUGCAGCUUUAUUCCUCAUCUCCUUCAAUGGUGGCUGACAGCCUCCCGCUCGGGCGGGCAGCCACAGCGAGAAGGCCUCGCUAGGACUGGUUCCCGGCGCCUCCAUGGCAUCCCCCAGGACUAUCACCAUAGUCGCCCUCUCGGUGGCCCUGGGGCUCUUCUUCGUCUUUAUGGGGACCAUCAAACUGACCCCUCGGCUCAGCAGAGAUGCCUACAAUGAGAUGAAACGAGCAUACAAAAGCUACGUGCGGGCUCUCCCCAUGCUGAAGAAGAUGGGAGUCAGCUCCAUCCUCCUCCGCAAGAGCAUUGGUGCCCUAGAAGUGGCGUGUGGCAUUGUCAUGACACUGGUGCCUGGUCGCCCCAAAGACGUGGCCAACUUUCUCCUCCUUCUCCUUGUGCUGGCUGUGCUCUUUUUCCACCAGCUAGUGGGGGAUCCACUCAAGCGUUAUGCCCAUGCUCUAGUCUUUGGGAUCCUGCUUACCUGUCGCCUGCUGAUUGCUCGCCAGCCGGAGGAGCAGCCGCCAGAAAAGAGGAUCCUGUCAGUGAACGGGGAUGAACAGCCACUCAUCAAUGAAGCAGCUCCUGAGAAAGGCAAAAUGAAGGUAUCCUAGUUGAGUGCAUGUCAGAAAUACGGACCCUCGAGGCAGCUCUCUCCAGAAAACCACCCAGAAAAAAUUGUUUUUUAUUUACCUAUUUAUAUUUUUUGUCCGUCUAAAUAAAGUUGCACUUGGGGUCUGAGAGACACAUGGUAUGUCUACAUUGUAGUCUUGCUUUUGCUGCUGCCCUGUAAUGUAGUUAAACACAAGCUAGCUUUCACUGGGAUAGCUUGGACGUAGUGAACAGCCUGGCUGGAAUAUGCUGGCCUCAGCAGAAGCUGCAAAACCAGCCUGAGAGCAUAGACAAAGACUCGAACAGGUAAUCAUGCUAGCCUGGCACUGCUGCAGUGCGGAGAACAGACCCUGAGUAUCAGUUGAAACCUGGCCUGGAAGCACUUCUGCUACAUGGCAGGCUCGGCAACAGCAGCUGGGUAGAACAUAACCAGGGUGACCCUGUGCUGGCUUGUGUAGCCCCAUCCACGAAUCUAUGUUUUGUUUUCCAUAGUCAAGGGGAAAAAGGACCCUACCAAGCAUAAAAGUGCUGCUGUUGUGUUUGAGAGAGGGAUCCCUUAGCCGCUGCUGCCUCUGUGCCCAGUCCUUUCUUUGGACAUCUAGGGAAACCAUAGGAUGAACUAUUCACAUCUUUCUCAAUUUCCACGCUUUGCAGAGGUUCUAAAACUGGGAGAAUGGCCUGAUAAAAGUCAUUUUUUGCCCGCUUCACACAAGGCAAUGACACCUCUUUAUCCUUCUUGGCAGAACGUAAGGAUCCCUGGUGAGGGGAUGGGGAGCAGAACUGCACAAAGAACUCAAAAGAUCUGUCUGCUGUUGGCAAAUAGCAUCAUGCUCCCUAUUUCCUUGCAAGAAAAAGAUUCCUUUUUCCACAACCACUGCAGCUUCAUAGAAUUGUUGGUUACUGCUGAUAGAUGAGGGUCUGAACAUGUCCAGGUACUUUGCUGUUUAUCCCACAUAGCUUUGGUGGGCUGGGGGAAGUCCUAACAGCAGAGCCUGAAUCCCUGUGUGUUGUAUUUGAAACCUUAGAGAGUGUCCUAAGAAGCAUGUGUUACCUCAGAGAUUGUUUUUCUUGAUGUUUGUCUGUUUGCAGUUUUUCCUUAUUUUCUUAAUUAC